AAUCAUUUGUUUAACAAAAUCAUUUCACAUUUUGUCCAAUCGUGCAAUAUUGAUAUAUACACUUUACUAAUACUGUUCAUGUGUGGUAUGGCUUCUACUUUGCUCAACAUUCCAGUCGUAGGUCCAAGAAAACAAAUCUUAUGUAUAGACCACCCGGAUGAGAGGGUGUCGUUUGCAUGUAAAGACUGCCAUCGGCUCAUCUGUGACACGUGCGUGGAAGGAAAGCACAAACAGCAUGAAUUUAAAUCAUUAAAGAAUGCUGUUCGGGAAAUUGAGAAAAAUAUGAAAAUAAAUGAAGACGAUCUAAAAUCUAUGAUUUCUAUUUUUCAAAGAAGGGGUACUAUGCACAGGGACUACAAUUCUUUAAUAUCUGCUAUAGACGCACGUGCGACUAAUCUUGUCACUAAUAUCGAAAGACUCCGAGACCAUAUGAAAGACGAAUGUCUACGUCAAAAAGAACGUGAAGACCAGUAUCACGAUGAUUACGAGUCUGUCUAUCAUCCAAUGAUGCAAAAGUUUGACGAAAUAGAAAAACUUUUACAGAACGCAGGCGUCCAUAAUCACGCGCAGAUAUGUCAAGCACAGCUGGAUUUUGAUGACAAACACGAGGUCGUGGCUAACAGAGCUAGCGGAAUGAAUAUCAUAACGCCGAAAUUUGUUACUGGAAAAGAUGACAUAACUGAACAUAAAAAGAUAUUUGGAAAUUUAGAAUACGAUUCAAAAUUAAAAGGCACUGCCAUGGUUAUAGCGAGAGAGAAUAUGAGAAGGAAUACACAGAAAUAAAACAUUUUAUAUCACGAAUUUGUAAAUAUAUAUAUAUAUAUAUAUAGUUUGUUAGUGACUCGUUUGAACUUGAACAUUAAUAAAUUAGUAUUAAUUUGACAUAACAAAAACUCUCAAUUCAUGUAAAAAAAAAUAAGUAUCAAAAGUGCCUUUCCUUAACUUUGAUAAAGUAAAAUAGAGGCGAAAAAUAUCAAAGGGACAUUCAAACUAAUAAGUAAAAUUAAAUUAAUAUUUUACGGCAUGGCUAAAAAAGAAAAAUACAAACAUAAAAUAAUAGUAAACAGAUUACAACAUAGAAAAGAAAGACUUUAUCUAGAUACAAACUGAAUAAUGAUAUAUCAAUAUUUAUACUGCACUCGUUCUGUUUAAGCAGUUAAAAUGCGUUGACAGUAUAUUUUUAUGUCAUAUACAGGACUAUACAGUCACUGACCCGAAAUCACUUUUUCUCAUGAAUAUCUAAAUAGAAGUUGCCGAAAUAAUA